UGGUUUUCCAUUUCAGUUUAUGCGCUCUGGAAGGUCCCUGAUCUCUUGCCUUCUUUCAUGCUGAAAGGGGGUGAGGUUUCUCGAUAUAUCAUUGGAGGGGCAGAUUUGAUGUUCCCCGGUAUCAGCAUACCUGCUGAAGGUCUACCUUCAUUUAUAGCAGGGGAAGUGUGGGCAGUAAAAGUUCCAGGAAAUCCAGCUCCAAUUGCUGUGGGGACUACCACUAUGAGCAGUACUGAAGCAGUAAAAGCUGGCUUACGAGGAAAGGCCUUAAAGAUUAUGCACUAUUACCAUGACUUACUUUGGGAAUCAGUAGAGUGUCCUUAUGUGCCAAAUGCAGGCUUUUUUGAAGAUGUUGUGUUUGAGGAUCCUACCUUGUCAUCAUUGCAAGUUUCUGAUUCAUACUCUGGUGCAAAUGAUAGUUCAAAUGAUCAACAGAAUGGCAUCAGUGAUAAGGAAAAUGGGCAAUCUGUUGAUAUUGCUGAUGUGCUCUCUGAACCUAGUUCUGCUUCGGUGGCACAGACCAAUUCUGGGAAUGAGAUUGCUGAAGAAAUAGCUGCACAUGUAGACGAUCUGAAGGUAACAGAUGAUGGCUCUGCUGAUCAGUCGAUUUGGGAGGAUCAACAUCCUCUUUCCACCGAGGAUGUAGACACGCUUUUAGAAAAAUGCCUUUUGCAAGCAUUGCAUACAACUGUUAAGGAUAAAGACCUUCCCAUGCCUGGAAGCACACUUUGGUCAAACCAUGUUUUGCCUUGUAGGCCUUCUGGGAUCACACUAGACAUCAAGAAAUCAUCAUACAAAAAAUUAUCGAAGUGGUUACAAGCUAAAUCUUCUACGGGAUUGAUUACAGUGAAAGAAGAUAAAUAUAAAAAGGAGUCCAUAUUAUUAUCCGUUAACCGCAAGCAUCCAGAUUACUCAUCUUUCAAGCCAGAGAAACGGCAAGUGGAGAAAACUGUUCAAACUGGUGUUCCUGCUGUCAGUGAAAGUCGGUCACUCAAAAUGCUUGAAGUGGUCGAGGUCUAUAAACCAAGUGUACACGUAAAUCCCAUAUUAGCUUCUGUAGGGACUGACACAGGAAAACUUUACAGUGCUUCAGAGGCCACUGAUAUUGUCUUUACAUAUGUUGAAAAAGAAAACUUGGUUAAGCAGACAGAUAAAUCCAUUGUGGUUUUGGAUCCAAUUUUAUGUGAUGCACUGUUCAAAGGAGCCAUAAAAAAAGGUACAAUGUACCCAACGGAAAUUCAUAAGAGGGAUUUAGGAGCAGCAUUUGUAAACCGGAUGCAAGCCCAUCACGUUGUGACGAGGGGAAGUGAGUCGGUUGUUCGUAAAGGUGGUUUGAAAACAAUACAAAUAAUGACAGAAAGGCGGCAAGGUAAUAAGAAAGUAACCAAAUUGUCAGGACUGGAAACUUUUUUGGUAGACCCUGAAGCUUUGGCAUCAGAGCUACAGAAGAAGUUUGCUUGCAGCACAACAGUGGCUGAACUACCAGGUAAGAAAGGGCAUGAGGUUGUGGUUCAAGGUGGUGUGAUUGAUGAUCUGGCAAAGCAUAUGAUUGAACAAUAUGGGAUCCCAAAGAGAUUCAUUGAGGUUCUUGAUAAAACCAGGAGAUGAGUGGUUGAGAAAGGUCAUAUUGUGAAAAGAAGGUGAUUUCAGAUUGGAAGUGGUGGCGUUGUUGAUUGUUGUGGAGGAAGCGAAGUGCACAACAGUAGUGCUUUGAUACAACGAACCCAUAGAAUGAGAACCAGAGGGCUUAAUUUAUUUAUUGAACUUGGAUUUGGAAA